CUGAAUGUGUAUGUCUCUAAAAAGGGGUAAGAACAUGAAUGAUGAGGUAGUGGGCCCGAUGUUUGUAUCAGCCCUAACAACUCCUGCUCUGCAUAUUACCACCAAGCUACUGCAUGAUGCACGCAUGCAUGGGCAUAAUGGCUGAGUGGAAUGUGUCAGGUGCGUGAGGUUCAGGUGCGUGAGGUUCAGGGGUGUGAGGUUCAGGUGUGCGAGGUGCUUCUUACCAAUGCAGACAGUGGAGGAAGAAAAGAAGAAGAAUUAUAAUGUGAAAUAGGCUGGAAUAGACCACACAGCUCUGCAGUAGAGAAUUCUGCAAGGCCGAGGAAAAAAACGUCAGGACCAAGUUUACUCCGUAUCAGCAGAGAUACAUCACUGGCUCACUCCCGUUCCCAGGAGGGAAUGGCCAUCAGAGCUCAUGGAGAGGAUGGCGUGGGGUCAGGCGGGAGUGCAGACCCUGCCGUGGUACGUGGUGGGUUCCCAGGUGCUGGGCGUGGCCUGCAUCGUGAUGACGGGAGUGUGGAUGGGCCACUAUGGCGGCGGCUACGCCUGGGAUGGUUCCAGGCUGCAGUUUAACGUCCACCCGCUCUGCAUGGUCAUGGGCCUGGUCUUCCUCUACGGAGACGGUGUACUGGUGUACCGCGUGUUCAGAAACGAGAGUAAGCGCUCGGUGAAGAUUCUCCAUGCUCUCAUCCACAUGAUGGCCCUCGUCAUCAGCAUCGUGGGGCUGGUAGCAGUGUUUGAUUACCACAACAAAAACAACUUCUCCAACAUGCAGUCUCUGCACAGCUGGUGCGGGAUGCUCACCUUCGUGCUCUUCUUUCUGCAGUGGCUGCUGGGGCUGUCCUUCUUCCUGUUCCCCUGGGCGUCAGCCACCAUGCGGACCUGGUACCUGCCCCUGCACGCCUUCUUUGGGCUGGUGUUGCUCGCCACCAGCGUGGCCACCUCCCUCAUGGGCAUCACGGAGGUGAUCUUCAGUUCUCGUCCCCCCAAUCCAGGCGCAGAGGCCUUGGCCAAUAUCCUGGGCCUGCUGUUGGUCUGUUUUGUGGUGCUGGUGGGUUACCUGGCAACCAAAGAGGAGUUCCGACGACCCCCGAACCCCGAGGAAGAGGCGCUGUCUGUGCACUUCAACACGCUGAACGAAGGCUCCGACCCCAGCUCACCUUAACCUCCCCGCGCCAGGCCUCGGCUAACCCUCCAUACUGACCUGCCUAGCCCCCAUUUCUACGUCUACACCCGCUUACAAAGGGUGGCGCCCACCACAUCCCCACAGUGCCACCUUGGGUCCAAACAGCAGCAUUACAGAGGAGUUUUUAGGAUACCGUGAGGCUAGAACCAAAGCAGGGGUCAGAUUUAAAGAGUGUUACCACAAACCCAGUUAUACUCAGAUGUCGCUUCUAAACGUUUAUUUGAAAAUCCCGUUUUAGCACUCUAAAGUAGGAAUGCUCCCAUAUCGGAAUACAUCCCGCAGCUACCUUGUCCAAGUAUACGAGCUAUUUCUGUCUUCACUGUUUGCCACACUGAACAGCUACUCCCAAGUUUCAAGCUGUAUUUAGGUUUCAUAUAUUUCAUACCAGAUCUACAUGACAUAAACGAUGUCUGUGAAUGUUGUAACCGAAUACCAAAACUAAGUAUUUCAUAUUGUUAUUUGGAGUGGCAGUGACAGUCAAUGCCAAAUAAUUAUGUGCCUUGGUAAAUAUUUAUUAGUGUCAUACUGUGCAGAGAAACAGUUGGAAAACUACAACCUGCCAAGAAUUUCGAAUGGCUGAACAUGAAAUGCCUUCCGUCAGUGCUACUCUUAAACUAAAGUGUUGCCGCCAAUAAAAGAUUCUGAUGUUAUGCAGAACCACGUUGUAUAAGUAGUUAAUCUUAUUGAUGUAUUCGUAAAUAGCCUUUUGUGUUUUUCAUGUCAUUAUAGUCCUAUAUGCCAAGACGUCCAGCAUAUUUGUGUGCGCGCGCCUGCGUGUGUGCGCGUUUUUAUUGAAAACUCUGUGCUACUGUUUCUGAAAUAUUUUUACUGCUCGGCCAUACACAGUUUGACCGUCUUCAACUGCUGUUCCGUGUUUAUUGUUGAAUUAAAGUAUGAGUGAAGCAUUGCUAGUGCCUGGAUGCACACUGCAGGACUCGCCUGCAUUCCUGUGGUUUGCUACCUGGAGGCCUAGCCUCAGCAGGGCCCGAGGGUGUGUGCGCUCCCUUGCGCCCAAACGCUUUCCAGCCUCAUUCUGUCCUCUGCUUUAUGUUUGUGCUGAAUUUCUUGAGCCAUUUCCCACCCCUCCGUGACGUGACAUGCACACUAGGCUGGGAAAUCAUUAAACGAACAUUAAACAAAUGCCUUGCUGCCAAA